UACAGUUCAGUUCCCAGAACAACAUAAAAGAACGCAAACAAUAACAACAUAAAAACACAUAAAAUGCCAAGUGCGCGGGUGAAUCAUCGUUGAGCAACAAUUGUAAUUAAUUAACACAUGAUUGCGCGACGUCAUUAACAAAAACAAGUGGGGCAGACGCGAAUCGCGCAAACUAUGUCGGCAGAUGCAGAUGCGAUUCCCGCUGUGGAAUGUGCGCAUCUGGUGGAUUUCAAGAGAUUUCUGGCCAGUACGGCGGAAAAGGCGGCGGCAGCGGUGAGCGAGGAGGUUGCCAGCCGGAAUUGUGUAACCCGGACGACUAGUGACACAUACAAAGUGUCCAGUGACGAGCGACAUGCGGAGUUGGUCUCGGCCAUUUGGCAUCAGUUGGGUUCUCGGGGAUGUCCUGAGCACUUCCGGCUGAAGCUACUCCACCGGUCCACGCAGCAGCUGGAGCAGGAUCUGUGCUUCGCUAAGGAGUGCGAGGUCACCGUGGAGGGUCCUCCACAGUACGAUCUCCUUAAGCUUCAGAAGUUCGUCGCCAGUGAGUUGGAGAAGUUCCUCCUGAAACUUACUGAUAACUCGGAGGUGGAUCGCCUUAAGGACUUUGCUGAUGACACAGAGUCGGGGAACCGCGAGUGCCGCCAGGAGAAGGAGCCCCUCCACACGUCCGCUGCUGUGAAGAACAAACCCAGGAAGAUGGAGGAUCGAUGUGUUUGCCUGGAAAGAUUUGGGGAGAUGUACGGUCUGCCGGAGAGGAACACACGCUUCUUUGGUGUCUUCGAUGGCCACUCUGGAUCCUUAUCCGCAAGCUAUGCCACCAGUCAACUUCCCCAACUGUUGGCCGACCAGCUCAAGACGAAUCCAAACCCUUCUGACACCUCCCCCGACUUUUAUCGCAACGCCUUUGAGUCAGCCUUUCUGCUUGCAGACGAGCGUUUCACCCAGAAGAAGAUUACCAGCGGCACAACCAGCGUAUGUGCCUUGAUCACAAAGCAUCAACUGUAUAUAGCCUGGGUGGGUGAUUCCAAGGCUCUUUUAGUGGGCAAACGAACGCAAUUGCAGUUGGUUAAACCGCACAAGCCAGAAAAUCCAGAUGAGCGCAAGAGAAUAGAAACAGCCGGUGGCACUGUGCUCCACGCUCAGGGUCAAUGGCGUGUAAAUGGCAUUCUGAACGUGGCCCGUUCCAUUGGCGACUAUAGUUUGGAAGCAGUGAUCGCGGAGCCGGAUUUCGUAGAUGUGCAGCUAAAUGAGGCUCACGAUUUUCUGGUACUCGGCACCGAUGGCCUGUGGGAUCACGUUCCAGAGUCAUUUGUCAUCGAAACCGUUUACGAGUCCCUGGCGGAUCCCACCAUGAAGUUGGACGACAUUCCCAAACUACUAAUAGAGGCUGCCAAGGAGCGGGAUUCGCAGGACAACAUAACAGCGGUGGUGGUCCUGCUCAAACCUCGUAACCAAAUCGAAAAUCUUUAGAAGUUUGAGUCUGUGGCAUUGAAAAUCGAAGCAGCGAAUUUUUUUAUUGUUACCCGCAUGGGUUGGGUUAAUUUGUACAAAUUUAAAACAUCUUAAGAGACGUAGCGAAAAGUAAUCUUGAAACAUCUCCUUUAACAUGGGACAAUAUAAGAAUCAUAUCAAUUUUCAUAUAUCCAAAAGAGAAACGUGCCAAAUAUCUUUAAAUAAAUCAUGAAUAAAAUAUUAGUUUGAUAUUGACAUACAUAUUGUACGAGAAAAAACAAAAUAAUUAAUUUUCUAACCGAUGUUUAUCGCAAAACAACGAAUAUUUGGUAUGACUAAAGGAAAUAUACAUAUUCCUUGCUUGAUUCAAAAAAAUUAAUUUACCCAAAGAUUACUUUCCGACCCUACAAUUAUUAAUCAACGAAAGUUAACCCAAACCAGCCCGCAUUGUUAUUUCGUUUACUGUAUUGUUGUAAUGUAAAUAGCUUGGAGCGAAUCAUUGUGCUCCUCCCUUUAUUGUCACAUUCUCACGUGCCUACCGUGGUCCUGGAACUGGAUGCUCCCACUCCCGGUCCACUUGUUUGGUUGCUCGAAUAAGCUCAAUCAAAAUAUUUUGUGGUUGCUCAGCAGUUGAGAAGAUUUAAGGAAGUUUUAAUCAAGUCCUGGCUUAAGGCAACUGUUGUUAACCCGUAUAUAUAUACAAAAGUGCACUCGUACGCACAGAAACAAGUUUAAAUAUAUUUUAGAUUAGCAUGCAAGCGUAUAUUUAUACACACUGAAGUUGUUUUCGGCCGCUUAGUGCUUCCAGCUGUAUGAUAAUAAGCAAAGCCAAGUACACAUAUAUUGUAGACCUAGUUAUAUACGUACAUAUUUACACCUGUAAACCAUAUUUAAUGAUCCCACACAGAUUAAGUACCUUUUUAUACAAAUCUAAUGAACCUUUCAUGCAUUUUACCGAACAACCCAAAACACACAUUUUUAACGAUACACACGCAAAUUGAUUAAGGAAAUUUUUUAUUGGAAUAAUAAAAAUAAUUCACAGUA